ACAUUCAAAAAAUUGUUAGUUUUAUGCCAAGAAAGUAUAAUUUGAAAUGUUCGAUUUUAUAUUUAUUAAAUGGAAUCGUUGAAUUCAAGUGUUCAACAAGUCGAAAAUAUUCAGAACAGUGAUCCAGUAUGGAUAAGCACCUUAGUACUACUUGGUUGUGUUUCAUGUUUAGGAACAAUUGGAAAUCUACUUGUACUUGGAGUGUUUAUACAGCAUCAUUUUUGGCCACAUUUACAUUUAAAGUAUAGACAAAUCUAUUUAAAUCAACGAUUAAGUUUAAUAAACACUAAUGAUUUACGAUCUUCAUCCUACUUUGAUAAUAAUAGUAAUAAUAACAUUAAUAAUAAUUAUAUUUUACGAAUUCAUGAAUCGAAUGAACAACUUUUCACUAAAACAACUGGUACACCGACAUUUUUUAUCCUUGUACUAGCUUGUGUUGAUUUAAUGGUUUGUUGUUUUGUUGUACCGUUAACAUUCUAUAUGGAGUAUAUACAUUUACAGCCAUCUACAGAUAUUUGGUGUAAAACACAUGCUUUCUUGAAUAUAUGCAAUAUUAUGUUUAGUUCAUUAUUAGUUAUUGCUAUUGCUUUAGAAAGAUAUCUAACAAUCUGUCAUCCAUUAAGAUGUAUACUGACAAUGAAACGAGCUAAAUAUUUAACAUUAAGUUUAGCAAUAUUUUGUAUAAUUUAUGGAAUUCUAGGUGCAUUACAUCAUAGUUUAGGCGUGACUAUGAAUGAACCAAACAUAGAACAGUGUUGUGAUACAGCAGAAUUACCAAAUGCUACUUAUAUACAAAAGAUAACAUAUGAUAUCUUACAGAAAGGUAAUACAGCAAGUUUUAUUCUAUCUAUUUUAUCUGUUAUUAUCCUAUAUUCAUUAAUUCUACGUGUUGUCAUUAAAACAAAUAGAUUUAAUCGACAAUCAGUUUCUAAUAGUAUUGUAAACGAUAAUUCAUUGUACAAUUCUACCCUGUUGGAAAUGAAUCGAAACUUUACUUGUUUAUCAACGGAUUUAAACAACAACAGUUCAAUUGUCAAUGAUAAUAACAAAAACAAUAAAGCGUCAAUUAUACAUCAUAAGAGUUUUGGGAAUAAAUUAAAAAUGCAUUUAUCAAUUAAAGGGAUAACAGAAAGUACAUUAUGGCGUGAAUUACGAUCAGCUAGUGUAUUAUUUGUUGUUGCUGUUGUCUAUAUUAUUGUAUUUACACCCGCUUUAUUAACAGCUAAUAAAUUGGUUCAAUUCAAUUUACUCGCUUACAAUACAUACUACUUAAAUAAUAUGUCAAAUCCAGUAAUUUAUUGUUUUAUGAGUCAUGCAUUUAGACGAAAGUUGAAGAUACUACUAUUCAAUAGUAUUGUAUCCUUGAAAAGUUAUCGUUCAAAAAAUGAUGGAUGCUUUCAGUCAAAUCGACAACUUCAACAACCGCGUCGUAAACAACAGUUUAGAUCAAGACAAAUAAAUCAUCACAGUUAUAACAAUAAUAAUGAGGAGAACAUUAAUGAAAAUAAUAGAGAAAAAUCAACCACUGGUGAUCAAUGAUCAAUUUUCAAAGAUAACUUGAGUUUUACACUCUUUCGUAAAUAAUACACCAAAAAACAGGAUAAUAAUUAUGACAUGAAGGGUAAGGGACAUUAUACCAGUCGAAAUCUUUCUGUAGACCGAAUACUAUAGUUAUUUUUGUCAUUAAAUGUAUGUAAAUAUUUGUUUAAAAUUCUUUCGAAAACACUGAACAUUGGACAAAACAGUAAAGCAAUUGAAUAAAGGACUUUUUUGGUGUAUCUGUAAGAUUUUUAAAUCAUUAUGAGUGACUGUUGUCUUAAAUUUGGUUCACAACUGUUUAAUAUAAAUGUAGGUUCUUCGGUAUAUCAUGUGUCACAUUUUAUUUGAUUACUGAUGGUAAGCAAGACAUCUGAGAACUUAUCAUUAAACAGCAGAGAUAUUCAGAGACCAUAUUUAUAUGAUAUAAACACCAAACAACUGCCUUAUUCUUUUUCUGAACAACACUGAGAAGCUAAAAAACUCAGUUUAACUGAAUUUUUGGUUAGCUGAUUUGAAUGGGAUAUUAUACUUAAUUAAAUGAUAGAAUGAACAAUUUGCAAACGGUUUACAAGUUUCGUGGUACACAUCAACAAGGUUUCCGCUGGAAACCACCCACAAUCUGUGGUCUCUGAAACGAAAAUGUCAUAAACUGACGUAAUACACUACGGAACAAGAUAAACAGUAGGAGACCACUUCGGCUGAUUUGCAGAUUACAUCAGCCUAACCGGAGUCAUCUAAACACCUUAUAGUCUUUUCUCUGGUUUGGGGUGAAGCUUACCAGUGGUGUACUCAUUUGCACAAAUUCAGUCAGUGGAGUUGAAUCAAUUCAAUUUGUAAUAAAUUGGACCCAAAAUAUCAUGUAUCACAUGUUUCAAUACUAGAUUUCAUGUUAUCGGAAGUGUCGUGAAUCACCUGCGUUGCAUGUAUUACCUACGCAGGCUGCAAGCCAUGCUCAUAUAUGAUUUGAGAUCAAACCACAAUAAGCUUCGGUGAUAGGUUGCUACACUUUCAUUGGUUGUUACUAAGACAAUCUUUGUCACUUUCCUUUCCACCAUAUAGUGAUAUUCAUUAGUUCAGUGGGUACUUGCCUCCAAUCAGACAUAGGUCAUAUUUUACAUAUAUCGCAACUGUGACUCAAGGUAAAUGUUAAUAUAGUGGAUCUGACAAAUGUACAAGAUAAAAAACUCUAUAUAUAUGAUAUCUCUCCGUAAAUGUAUGAACGAAAAAUUCCAGAGAUUGAUGAGAUCACAGGUAGUGAUUUUGCUCGAAAUAUUACUAAAAUAAAAAACAUCAUUAUGUGUAAAUACUCAUUAAAAAAAAUAUUGAUAAUAAAUAGCCAAAAACAGCCGACUGUGUUCGAACAUUAAACGUCAAUCUACUAUUGGUUGGAAAAACAUUUCUUGUUAUUUUGAAAUAUCUUUGAUGAAAAAUCUACCAAUGUAUUCAUUUACUCUUUUUUUUUUUUUUACUUCACUCACUAUUAUUUUUCAAAUACUAACCACGUUGUCAUUUACGAAGGCAAUCUCCAUUAUUGAUGAUAGUGAUAUUUGUUCAGUGUUGUCGAAAUUUUUCCUUUUGUUUAUAGCCGCUUUUUCUGAACUUGCUUCAUAAAGAGUGAAACAUUUUCAGACUGAAUGAAUUUUUAGUUAUUUAUAAGAGUAAAAUGAGUACACAAAACC